AUGUCUGCGAUAUUGAAGAGCGACUUAGGCUUCGAAGAAGCUGCAGGUGUCAAGUCCUCCAAGGACGAGAGCUCCCCUUUGACGGCCCUCCCCCUCUCAUGGUACACCGCACCUGAAAUUUACGAGCUCGAACGACGAGCUGUCUUCUCCCGCAAUUGGCUUCUGACCACACACUCUCUGCGCUUCUCCAAAACUGGUGAUUGGCUACGGUAUAACGUCGCUGGCUUCAGUUUCAUUCUGGUUCGCAACAAAGAGGGCGCCGUUAAUGCAUUCCACAACGUCUGCCGCCAUCGUGCAUUUCCGGUCGUCACCGAAGACGGUGGUACUUCGAGGAUCUUCUCCUGCAAAUAUCACGGCUGGUCAUAUGGCUUGAAUGGCAAGCUCGCUAAAGCACCCGGCUACCAGGAUCUUGAAGGAUUCGACAAGAGCAAGAAUGGUCUUCUUCCUAUCCACGUUCACACGGAUGUCAAUGGUUUCAUUUGGGUGAAUUUGGACGGCUCGGAGAAGCCUGAGAUCUCCUGGGAGGAUGAAUCCAAGGGCAUUGAUCCGCAGUCCCGGUUCCAGGCUUUUAACUUUGAGGACUACACUUUCAACCAUACAUGGGAGAUGGAUGGCGAAUACAACUGGAAGAUCCUGGCUGAUAAAUAUAACGAACGCCACAACGGCCAGACGCCACGCCUCGACGUUCCCUGCGGGGCCGGUUUGAGUUCCGACUCUGAUGAGAAUACUCAGAGCGGAAGUAUCAUUCACGAACCAAAUACCACCCCAGCACAGCAUGGCCUGAAGAUUGCCAGUACCUACUACUUUCCUAAUGCCACCAUGACAGUAUCACCAAAUGUCUUCGUUAUGCAGCGACUUGUACCAACCGCUCCCACCAGCUGCUCUAUGCGAUUCGAAGUUUACCGCAAUAAAAACGCCACUGACGAGGAUUUUGAAUUGGUCAAUUCCAUGCUCAAGCGGAUUGUGUCGGAAGACAAGACUCUCGGUGUCAACAUUCAGCAGAACCUUAACACUAGCGGUGUCAUCAACGGCGAGCCUCACCCCAGGUUGGAGGAUAGCCCUCUUAAUUUCCAGACGGUGGUGAAGGACAUUGUUAUCGAUUUCCACAAGCGCGAGGAGGAGGUCGGCCAUGAGAUCUGGCCUUCACGACAGACUCUGCCAUCCGAGGCUAAGACUAGCCAGGACGAUAUUGAUUUCUGCUCGAAGCUGCAGAAUCAAAGCCAGGCAAAUGCUGACUGCUCCAGUCAAGUGGGUGGCUGUCGCGGUGGCGUGGCGUGCCAGUCUGGCAAUGAAGCUUUGGCGUAUUGA